AUCACACCGCACCCGCAGUUUGAGAAGUUGUUGGUCGUAGGCGGCGACAACCCCUUUCCUUUCUAGACGUCUUUAUCGUUUGCUCCCUUUCUGUGUUCAAGCGACCGUUGUUUCAUAGAUCUUCCAGAAUGGGACUGGCAGAGCCGAAGAGACGCAGUAAGAUCUCGCACGAUCCGCGCAAUCUAUCAUGGUCCCAGUCCUCGACCUCCUUCGGCCAGCGGAUUAUGACCCAGCAGGGAUGGCAAGAAGGUCAAUCGCUCGGAAACCGAGAAAGCAUACACGUCGGUGUCAAUGAUGCCGAUCGACUCGCUGCUGCUCGUGUGGGGGUCCUGUUCAAGAACAAUAAUCUGGGACUGGGUGCGAAGACAAAGAGCCAAGAUGUCGAAGGACAGCGGACUGGACUUGACGCCUUUCAAGGUCUUCUCGGCAGACUCAACGGAAAGAGCGAUGCGGAGUUGAAGAAACAAGAGAAGAAGAUCGAGGAUAGAAAGCUGGAAAUGUACGCUCGAGGACGGUGGGGCGGCUUGGUGUUCGUAAAAGGAGGAAUCCUCGAGGGAAGCAUCAAAGACAAGACCACCACAAAAGCCGACAAGCAGGACGAGUCUGACGACCAGCCCGACCAAACACAAUCGGAACCGGUGUCCGACCAAGACGGAGGCGAUGAAAAGCGCAGGAGGAGAGAAGAAAGGAAACAAAGAAAAGAGGAGAGGAGGAAGCGAAGGGAGGAAAAGGCUUCACGACAAGCCGACAAGAAGGCCAAAACGAAAGAGGCAGCGACGACCUCUUUGCCCCUGCAUAAAUCGCCCUUGAGUCAACCACCUGAUGAACCUGUGUCCUCGUCAUCUUCCGAGAAUGAAAUCGAUGUGACAACGUCGAGCAAGAAUUCGAAACGGGGAAGAUCAAGCACACCUCGCGAAGAGCUCGUUACUCCGAAAUCACACAAUGUUGGAAUAAAGAGCGGCAGACACAUUCUUCGAGGACGAAAUAUUCAAGCAAAGAGGAUGGCAUUCUCGGAUAUGAAGGGGUUGGACGAAAUCUUUAUGAGGCCAGGCUGAAUAUUCCUUGUCACAAUGAGCGAUUUUCUUUCCGAGUUUCGACGACAUUGUCUCAGACCUUUACUAAAGACUUUUCUCGAACCAAGUCGUGCCUUGGACAAGGUCGGGCGGCGACCACGUCAACUACCUCUUGGGUCUGAGACCUGAGUGUCACGAUCGACAUAUGCGGCUUCUCAACUUCCCACACCGCAGCGCGCGAGAGAGGGAGAGAGCCCAGCUUUCCGAGCAGCCUUGAAAUCGAAAUGAGAUAUAUCAUACAGGGUAACAUUGCUGCGGACGCGUGAGAUGCCAGCCACACCAACCCACCACCCUCAGAUGACCCGUCAAAAUGGGACAUUCGAACCAGGAGCUACAGAGACUACCCAGGAUGGAAUGUCACCACCACCAACAUUUGACGACGCAGAAAGUGCUCGUAACGUCUCGAGAGUUUGUUGGCAUCGUUUUACACGGCGUGUUGCUACGGUCUUGACCGCGACACAUGGAUGGGUACGAGCCACCACGAAAAAGUCAAAUGUCGAGUGACAAUUAUUUUCCGCCUUUACAGGAGACGACUGGACGAGGAACCACGACUUGGGUUCUCUUUUGUGAAAGAGGAGCGAGGCCGUACCGAUACUAUUUGGGUUGGUGGCCACUGAUUUACCUGUGCGAGAAGGACUUUCUGUCUCUUCAAGGGAAGACUUGACGGGUUUCCCCAACGAAGCCAUGAUUGAAGAUCCAUAAACCGCAUCAACUAGACGACAAAGCCAGAUGGAAGAAGCAUAGAUCUGGGAUAAAAUGAUACCAAAAUCUCCAAUACCAAUUGAGAGCUCAAAACGAAACUUUAUCACCACCAUUCUUUCUCUUAAAGAAGUGACAC